AGGGCAGCUUGCGCCAUGUACUCACAGAGUUUGCUGGAGCUGAUGGUGCUGCUGCUGGUCACCUCGCUGCCGGCCGCUAACCUCGUGCCGCCGGCCGGCCCCCUGUCCCUGCGGAGUGGUUUGGGUCGUUCUUCAUGCCGGCUGUCCCAAACUGAGUCAGAGCUCAGGUGCCGUGUUCCAGGGGGAAAGCUGUGCAGUGACAGGGGCAGAUGUGAGUGUGGAGUCUGCAUCUGCCAAGUUACUGAGUCUGGCAAAUAUUAUGGUCCACUGUGUGAGUGCCAUGACUGGAUGUGUGAGACCUAUGAUGGGAAGAUCUGUGCAGGGCAUGGGAAGUGCGAUUGUGGGAAGUGCAAAUGUGAUGAAGGCUGGUAUGGUGAAGCUUGUCAGUAUCCAACUACUUGCAAUCUUACACGGAGGAAAAGUAAUGAAAUGUGCAAGAAUUCUCAAGAUAUCAUCUGUUCUGGUGCAGGUACAUGUCACUGUGGCAGGUGUAAAUGUGCAAACUCAGAAGGAAAUGAACUGGUCUAUGGUAAAUUUUGUGAAUGCGAUGACAGAGAAUGCAUAGAUGAUGAGACAGAAGAGAUUUGUACAGGCCAUGGAAAGUGUUACUGUGGAAACUGUUACUGUGAGGCUGGUUGGCAUGGAGAUAAAUGUGAAUUCCAGUGUGACAUCACCCCCUGGGAGAUCAAGAAAAGAUGCACAUCUCCAGAUGGCAAAAUCUGCAGCAACAGAGGCACAUGUGUAUGUGGGGAAUGUACAUGCCACGAUGUGGACCCAACAGGUGACUGGGGAGAUAUUCAUGGAGAUACUUGUGAGUGUGAUGAAAGAAACUGCAAAGAAGUGUAUGAUAGAUAUUCUGAUGACUUCUGUUCAGGUCAUGGACAGUGUAAUUGUGGAAGGUGUGACUGUAAAGAAGGAUGGACUGGGAAGAAGUGUGAACAUCCACGUUCUUGUCCAUUGUCACCUGAGGAGAGUGCUAAAAAAUGCCAAGGAAAUUCUAAUCUACCUUGCUCUGGAAGAGGGAGUUGUGAAUGUGGCCAAUGCACUUGUUUCCCUCCAGGAGACAACAGAGUUUAUGGCAAAAACUGUGAAUGUGAUGAUCGGCAGUGUGAAAAUGUGGACGGCAACGUCUGUGGAGGCCAUGGUAUCUGCUCAUGUGGCCGAUGCAUUUGCCAGGACGGGUGGUUUGGAAAGUUGUGCCAGCAUUCAAGGAACUGCAACAUGACAGAGGAGGAGAGCAGAAGUCUCUGCGAGUCAGCAGAUGGCAUAUUAUGCUCUGGGAAGGGUUCCUGCCACUGUGGAAAGUGCAUUUGUUCGCCGCAGGAAUGGUACAUUUCGGGUGAUUUCUGUGAAUGCGAUGACAGAGACUGUGACAAACACGAUGGUCUCAUUUGCACAGGCAAUGGUGUUUGUAGCUGUGGAAACUGUGAGUGCUGGGAAGGAUGGAAUGGAAAUGCUUGUGAAAUCUGGCUGGGAAGAGAAUACCCUUAACAAAGCCCAUCAAAGACUAAGGUUUUUUGUUUGUUUUUCUUUAGGCUGCUAGAACAUUUCAUUUCAGAAGUAUUCAGUAUGUGGGUGUGCGUGCAUGGACACGUACAUGGGUGUAAAAGCUUUAGAACACUCAUCUGAGGGCCUGCUCCAUAAAGGAAUGCAUACAGAACUAAAAGAAAAAAAAUUAACUGCCUUGGGAGCUGGAAAGUCCAAGCUCUAAAAUGUGAAGUCAUAAAAUACUAUAAAGGCCCCGUGGAUCUUUCCAGAGUAUUCUGGUAAAUUCAUUGAGACCAAGAUUACACCCAUAAUUCCUAUUUCUUGAUCAACCUUUGGAAAAGGUGCAAGAAAGCCUUUUUUACUAAACAUUAUUUACUUCGUUGUCACCUCUCUGUAUCAGUAUGCAACAACAGUACUCCUGUAGAAGCGCAGCACUAGUUGAAUAUUUGUCAAAUGAUUAAUUUGAUUCAUUUUGUGGUGUUUGACAAAUACAUUGUUUGUCCCUUUUUUAUUUUCCAACAACAGUUUCUGAGUACAUACCAGCUCAUAAAUUGAGAGAAGCUGUAAAGAAGAUUAUGCAAAUAUUAGUGAUUUUUUUAUUUGGUCAAAAAAUUGUACUUUUUUUGACCAAAUUGAACUGAGGUCCAAUUACAUGACAGCCAUAGACUGAAGACCCAAGGUGUUGGAACAGACCCUUGUCUGUAAGAGAACUUCUUAGUUUCUACGGUUAAUGUGUCAAUGAGUUGAUUAUCUAGUCUACAUAUUACAAUACUUUCAAAUACAUAACCUAUAGGAGUAUAAGGAACAAAAGUAAUGAAGAUAUAAACAUGUGAUUACCUAUUCUGAAUAUGUAUCCUGCAACUCAUAUGUACUCUUAUCAUAUUGUUCUAUGUAUGUACAGUUGCCUCUUAAAAGUAAAGCAAGUGAAAAUUUGUUAUACCAAUAAUUUUUAGGAUGACAAUUCUGUACAUUAUUAGAAAUCACAUUUUGGAACAGAUUGCACUGUCCCACAUGGUAUUCAUUGAAUCUAACUGAUUUUAUAGAAACAGGGAGCCUGAAGGUCAACUGACUUAAAAAAUCAGCUCUGCUUUCAGUAGGUAGGUUUCAGCCAAAGAUGUUCCAACAAUAGCAACAAAGUAAUUAGAGUUUUAAUGCAGUAAAUACAAACAAAGCAGUGGUAUGAACAAAAAUUUUAUUUUUAUUAUUUUCCAAUGGUGAAAUGCUGCUCAGUGUGAAAUUCACAUUGAGUUAUGAACGAUGCACAACUAUUGGGACUUCCCUAACUUAUUUACAUAUGAGUCUCUUUUUUUUUUUUUUUUUUUUUUUUUACAUGUAGAUUUGGCAGCCCUUGAAUUCUUUAGAGCAAAAAAAGAUACAGACAUUUUAGGUUCAGAAGUGCUUACAUUUUGUGAAACCAUGAUUGAGCGAGAAAUUGUUUAAAUGGCUGGACAAUAUUUCUUUUUAAUACCAAACUGUAACAUUGUGUUCUAGGUGCCAAGGUCCUGAUUUUUGAAGAGGUACAUGACUCAGCAAUAAGGGAACUAUAUAUCAACAAAAAAAAAAGGAAUUUCCAUAAUUAGCCUAGAAAUUACAUUUCUUUUAAAAAGGACAAUUUUGAAAUAGGAAAAUACAAUGAUACAGGACAUGUAAUAGGAUGCAAAAAUUUUAAAUGAACUUAUUUUAUUAUUCCCCCUUCCCAUGUAGUUUCCCCCUUUUUACCCAUUUUUUUAACUUUACUUGGAUUCCUUCUUUUUAAAGUUUAAGUUUAUGAAGCACAUAUUCUCAGGGAGUAUACUCACCAAACAUCAAUGCAUAACUUCUAGAAAAGCUAUGCAGAUAACUAAUGAGACGUACAUCCCAAAGCUGUUAGCUGCUCUCUUCUUAAGUUAUCAAAUUAUCAGGCAGAGUUCUAAAAUGUAUUGAUACAGUAUAAAGAACCUUCAAAGUCAAAUUCAUCUUGAAAUUAUAGAGCUUAAGAGGAAUACUUUCCUAGAUUUUAACAUGUAUGCAUUUAGUCAACCCUGGUGUCUGGAGAGCACAGAUUGUUGGUUUUAUUUAUAUUUAUGUAUACUGCUGACCUUAAUCAUCUCAUAAUCAGUGUUUUUUUCACAUAUACAUUCAUCUGCUGAAUCAGAGUAUAAAUAAUGAAAGAUACAAAGUUUUCUUUGAUUUCCUUCCAUUUGUAUUUAGUAUUGUAAUAAGAAAAUAGCAGAUAAUCAAAAAUCUCUCUAGGUUCAGUAGAUGCCUUUUAAUGGUUUCAUGGCAUGGUAAGCAGAUUUAUAUAUCCCAUAGAUCAGCCAUAGUAUUUCAGGCAUUCAUAUGCAUAAGAACAAUUCUUUAGAGGGUUGCAAUGUCAUAUUCGAUGCAUUUUACUUUGUAUUUUGCUUUAAUUUUAAAUUUAUAUACUUAAAGAGCAUAAGAUGAUUCUGAUUUCUAGUUAGAUUUAUUUUGUUUUAUUUU